AUGAACCUGGCGCUUCGCCUCGGGGCGGCGGCGACGCUCUGGCUGGAGCGGGGCAGCUAUCACUGCGCGAAGGGAAGACUUCAUCGUCAAGACUACGAUGGCUACCAGGCGUUCGCGUUCAGCUCCGCAGAUGGGCAGGUGCUCCAGGGGCUCUCGUCUCAGCAGCGCUCAGCAGCCCUCCAGGAGGCGCUGUCGGGCGGGCAGGAGGCAGGGGUCGGAGGCAGGGCGCGGCAGCAGCUGGGGGCGACGCUGGCCCGCGCCGCCGUCGCAGCAGUGGCCCGCGGCCAGCCGCCCCGGAGAUUCAAGCCGAAGACAGCAGCGCUUGCGAGUGGAGCCAUCGACACCAGACCUUGUGGCUUGGUGGAGUUUGUCAGCGAGUGCACGUGCCUCGGGGCGGCUGGUGACACCCAGACGCAGCCCCUCUGGAUGUGCGCCCGACCGGGGCCCCCCUUCGGGCCGGAGCUGCGCAUCCACGUGCCAGGCUUCGACAUGGCAGCUGGCGUGCAUGCUGCUGCGGGCCAGGAUCCAGGUGGAGGAGUUCUCCAGGUGCUAGAGCCCGCGCAUGGUUCCUGGCCCGCGGCAGCGGCAGCAGCAUUCGGGCGCUUGGGACGCCGCCCGUGCAACUUGGCCCUGGAGACGGCAGCGCACCUCCUCAUGCAUUGCCCGGCCCUGGCAACAGACCUCCUCAUCGCCGACCUGAUCCUGGGCGAGCCUCCGGCUCGAGGCGGCGCCGCAGGCAGCGGCGGCGGCAGCCUGGUCCCAGCGCCGCUCUACAUGGGCAUUGUGUUCGUCCACAGCCACAAGGUCGGUCGGGCGGCGGCCGCUACCUUUCCCAGGUACCGCCAGGCUGACGGCACCGGCGGCUGGCCGAACCGCAGAAGCGGCGAGUGGCAGAACCACACGCUGUUCGGCGGCGAGAAGGCGUCGAACCCGAGGAUGAAGCGGGGGGUGGCGGUGAGAUUCAAUCGACCAGCAAGUUCGUCAGCUACGCCGCAUCAACGGCCUAUAUUCGUCGUGGGGCCGGACGCUACGGACGACCCGCGGAUGUGCGUCGACUUCUCCAACCCCGGGCGCUUCUCGAGCGGGGAGCGCACCCGAUGGGACAGGGCCAUGCAGGCGCCGAGGCCACCCGCAGGUGCACCGAGCGCUCCAGCUCCAGGCCGGCGGCCCCACUCCGCGGAGCUCUCCGGCGGCCAGAUCGCAGGCCUUCAGCAGCGGCGGCCGCUGCAGAACCCGGGAGUUGCCGUGGGUCCAUCAUCGCGGCCCAGUUCUGUCAGCAGUUACAGGAGGGGCCGACAUCCGCCGCCUGACUGA